AUGAAAUUAUCAAAUACUUUAAUAGUAGGUAAUAUCAUAUCAUUAUUAUCUACGGUCAUUAAAGCUGAUCAAUGUACCUUUUCAGGUGGUAACUAUUACUGUUCAGAAACUGAUGCUAUCAUUUACUCAAAUGUAGGAUUAUCUUCAUCAUACCAAGAUGUUACAAACAUGGAUGAAUCCACUUGUCAAUGUUCACAACAAUCUACUUCAUUCUCUGGUAAUUUAUCCCCAUUCAAUGAAGAAUUAUCUGUCCAUUUCAGAGGUCCAAUCAAUUUAAAGCAAUUCGGUGUCUAUUAUCCUGCUGCUUCUUCAUCAUCAUCUAACUUAAAGAAGAGAGAUAAUAAUGACGCAAAUGAAAAAGAAUGUACAACAACGAAAAAUCAUCAACAUCGCCAUAAGAGAGAUGUCGCUGUGGAAGUCGUAGAAGUUACCGCUACAGUCUUCGUUAACGCUAAGGGUGAAUCGGUGACUCCAGUAGGAAAUAUUAACGUUGCUGAAACUUUCCCAACUACUACUGCAGCAGCUGAAGCAGCACCAGAAGCAGACAAUGAAAUUGUCUCCUCUUAUAUUAAAGUCUCAACAAUCUUAUCUUCCAAGGUUCAACCACAAGAAGAAGAACAAACCACUACUAGUACAUCAACUUCUAAAUCCACCAAAUCAACUUCAACUUCAGUCUCUGCCCCAGUCGCAGGUGCAUGGGAAAGAGCUUCCUAUUUCACUCCAGGUUCUACAUCUAACUGUACUUUCAUGAACCAUCAAGGUGGUACUGCCGGUUCAGGUACAUGGUCUCAAUGUUUCGGUAAUUCCAUCUCAUUCGCCAAUUCAGACGGUAUCACUGGUUGUUCAUCUGCCACUCCAUUAGAUGAUGUCACAGUGGCAUCCGGUAAAGAAUUCAUUAUCUUCUCUGGUGAUUCAUGUGAUGGCUCUAACGACGGCUGUGGGUACUAUAGAGAUGGUAUCCCUGCUUACCACGGGUUUGGUGGUGAUCAUAAGAUUUUCGUUUUUGAAUUUUUAAUGCCAAGUGAUACAUCUGGUUCCGCCAUGAAUCAAGAUAUGCCUGCUGUUUGGUUAUUGAAUGCAAAGAUCCCACGUACUUUACAAUAUGGGGAUGCUUCUUGUUCAUGUUGGGAAACUGGAUGUGGUGAAAUGGAUCUUUUCGAAAUUUUGACUGCUGGAUCUGAUAAAUUGAUUUCUCAUGUUCAUGAUGGUCAAGACGGUGGUACUCAAGAUUAUUUCACUAGACCAACGGAAACUUCUUUGAAAGUUGCUGUUAUUUUUAAUGGGAACGAUAAUACUAUUCAUAUUGUGGAGGUUAGUGAAGAUUUUGAUGAUGUCUUAAGUGAAGAUACUGUUAAUUCAUGGUUAAAUCAAGCAGGCUCUGCUGCUGCUUUACCAUAG